AUGGGCUCUUCGGCGGCGGCGGCGGCGGCGGCAGCUGCAGCGGCUGCCGCGGACUCGGCGCAGUGGCUCUCGGUGAAGGAGGAGACCAUCUUCCUGCACGACGGCCUCAUCCGGGUCACCGACCUGGCCGAGCUGCCCAGCGAGAUCCUCGGCGCGGCCGAGGCAGCCGACACGGACCUGGAGAUUUUAACAUUCGAGACCAAAAGUCCUAUUGAACUUGCUGACCGUUUGCGGUCUGUGUGCGGGAAUCAGAGCAACGCCUAUGCCCGACUGCUGGAAUACCGUCUGAAUGCCCUUCGAGGACUGUGGAAUGCUCAGCGCCAGCUGGCCUUGGAAGAGCAACAUGAAAGGGAAAAUUCAGGUGAUGAAGAAACUUUGGCUCUGCUCAAACGCCAGGGGUUGUUACAACAACCAGAGCAAGCACCGUUCACAUCACGAAUGGGGCUCCUACUAGUUUUCCCUCUCCUUCAGUCUCAGAGUAGAACAGACCCUUCUCUCUGUAAUAUCACAGCCGAGGUGCUGUUGAAUUGUCUUCGAGACUGCCAACCCUUGAGUUUAACUAAGGAGCCAGCUGACUGUCUAAAUGGAAUUGAAGCUCUGCUAUGCUCUUGGCUAGAGGAGACAUCUGCCACCGGCCAACAUGUCCCGCAUAAGCAAAAGGAGAAUGCUGCUGCUGCUCUUGUUGCUUUAGCUUGUGCAAGGGGAUCCCUGAAAACUUUUGUUCAUACAGUCCAUCUAUUACAGAAACAGACAGAUCUGGGGUCUCUGCCUGUAGCUGAUGUACUAUACAGGCUUUUACUUUUAGAAGGAGGUCCUGGUUCACCAUCCUGUUUGCUUGGGGGCAAGCACAUGGUAUCUUGGGGAUAUGAAGAUAUGUUACCAGCACCAGAUGGUAACACUGGUUCCAGUGCUGAAAGUAAAGAUGCUGACUUGGGGCGCUGUCUUACAGCAGAUGGUCUUUACCUAUACACAACUAAUUCUGUUGGUAGAGGAGUAAGCAAACUGGGAUCUGGAUUACAUGGUACUUUACGAGGUUUUGUGUAUUGCCGUAAUGAGGAAUUGGAACCAGGAUGGGUUGCUUUUGGCAAUGGCAAUCUUCUUCAUCGGCCUGUCUCCUUUGAUAAUAAACCUCAUUCCCUUUUCCAGGUCAUUGACCAGAAUACUCUUCAGGUAUGCCAGAUUGUUCCAAUGCCAGCAAACCACUUUCCUAUUGGCAGCACCAUGAGCACCGUGCAUCUUUCUUCAGAUGGCACUUACUUCUAUUGGAUCUGGUCUCCUGCAAGUUUAAAUGAAAAAACACCAAAAGGACAUUCUGUUUUUAUGGAUAUUUUUGAACUCAUAGUCGAAAAUGGUAUGUGUGUAGCCAGUCCUCUUCAGGAACGCAUAAUACUCAUGAGGAAGGAGGGCGAGUCUGCCAAAAGCAUUAAUGAGAUGCUUUUGAGCAGACUUUCACGCUAUAGAGCUUCUCCAUCAGCAACCCUGGCAGCCUUAACUGGCUCAAGCAUCUCCAAUACACUGAAGGAGGACCAAGCAGCAAAUACCAGUUGUGGGCUGCCUCUGAAAAUGUUAAGGAAGACACCUAUAUACACAUGUGGCACAUACCUGGUGAUGUUGGUUCCCCCACCAGGGGGGUCAGGCAGCUCUGCAACCCGUUCACUCUUUGGUGGAACAAGUGGUCUGUCAUCUUUAAAAAUUCUGGCAUCUAGUUUGGUGUAUAAUAUUUCAGAUGGUCAGUUCACAAGUCGUGCAGACCUCAUUGAUGCUGCUGGUAGCUCACUUGGACGUGGUGCUCUUGUCCCAGGAUUAGGUGCAUGUUAUGACACAGUGAAUAACAUGAUAUGGACAUGUUCCAAUGACUAUAUUGAUCAGUGGUGCAAUCCUGGGAAUCAAGCUUUCCAUUAUGUAUGUCAGAGACUUGGAGUCAGCCAUGUCAUUGCAGAGCCAAAAGGCGAGGCUAUAACCACAAAUGAGGUUAUAAACCAGUUACUGCACCAUGUUGGUGCCAUGUGCAUCCAUCAACUCAAUCUUCUUGCAACCAAUACCAGUCUGCCAAUUACAAAUUUUCUGGGCAAGCAGCAUCCAAUCGAAGCACACCAUCUUAGCAGUAUUUGUGACAUUAUGGAGAAAGCUAUGGUCAAUGGAGAUACCUGUAUUAUACGCUGCAUUCUUGUUGUCUUUCAGGUGGUGUUUAAAUUUUUCUUCAGCCCACAAACUGAAAGGAACCGAGACAUCAUUCGACGGUCGGGACUUCUGCUGUGGCAAUUGUUGAUGGCCCCGAAAGACCAGAUUUGCCCUGAAAUACAGAAGGAAGUCUGUCUUGCCAUCAGCUCUGGUUUAACAAUCCUGUAUCCAGGAGAAGUUGAAAUGAAUAACUUACUUAAACUGGUCUUAACAGAAGGAGAGAGAAACACUGGGCUUUCCCAGCUGCGGGAUGUGAUCCUGACCAAUUUGGCCGAACAACUUCAAAACAAUCGCUUUGGUAGUGAUGAAGAUGAUCAUUACAGAUUAAAUGAUGAACUUUUACACUACAUUCUGAAGAUUGUUGUUCGAGAAUCCUGUAUCUUAAUCACCAAGUGCCAAACAGUCUCUAAAGAUGAUUUUCAAAGACUUCUUUCAACGGUGCCUGCUGCUUCCUCCUGCCUGCGCUAUCUGAUGGCAGUACAGAACCACCUUCUCAGUAACACGGUUUUGAUUAAGCCUGAUGAAAACGAUGACAGUGACAGUUCCUUGCAGGGAGAGACAUUGAAGGUACAGGAGCUAAAGGCCAGUAUUUUGGCUCUUGCUACCCAAAUCCUAACUGGAUGUGAUGAAGUUCUAGAAAUGCUUCAGCAAGUCACGACUGCGCUCCUGAACAGUGACAUAGCUGACCGGGACCAGAGAUUAAAAGGCUUGGAACAAGUCACAAAGGCUACAAUGCUUGGUCACCUUCUUCCUGUGUUAUUGACCUCCCUGAUGCACCCAAACUUACAGACUCUGACAAUGGCUGAUGCCCUGAUGCCCCAGCUAGUGCAGCUGGUGCUUUAUACCAGUCAGACGGCUUUGCUGCUUAAAACUCAGUCUCCAGUUUUUGCUGAAAUGGGCUGUUCCCCAUGUGGUACAUCAGAUCAGAAGGGCAAGCUGUUCCCAGAUGAGAGAAUGUUGGAAGAGAAAGAAGAGCCAGGUUUUCUUACUGGAUUAAAGAUUCCUGCCCCAUGGGCUGCAGGAAAGACUGUGGAAACAGUUCAUCCAGUCAGAGACAACUAUAAAUUUAAAGAAACAGUCCAUAUCCCUGGAGCUCGCUGCCUAUAUCUUAGAUUUGAUAGCAGGUGUUCUUCACAGUAUGAUUAUGAUAAGUUGGUGAUAUAUGCUGGGCCUAACACUAACAGUAGGAAGGUUGCUGAAUAUGGAGGCAAUACACUGGGAUAUGGCAGCCGUAGUGUCUUAGGAACUGGUUGGCCAAAAGACUUAGUGAAGUACCUUUUUCCCCCCUUAAAUUUUAAGGUGGAAGGGGAUACUGUUACCUUCUCCUUUGAAAUGAGAAGUGGUCGAGAACACAACACUCCAGAUAAAGCUAUGUGGGGCUUUGCUUGCACAGUUCGCGCUCAGGAGUCUUCGGAGGAUGUAUCAGGAGGAUUGCCUUUUUUGGUAGACCUGGCUUUAGGUCUGUCUGUACUAGCUUGUUCCAUGUUAAGAAUCUUAUACAAUGGACCAGAAAUUACUAAAGAAGAGGAAACUUGCCAAGAGCUAUUAAGAUCUAAACUUUUGCAAAGAUGUCAGUGGCAGGUGGAAGCCAAUGGAGUGAUCUCUCCUGCUCUGACCCCAAGCCCUUCUCCGCUGCCUCUCACCAUAGACGAAGACAGAGAGUUCACCUACCCCUCUGAUGUCCUGGUGCCUCCUGUGGGGAACGAUUUUGAACUUCCUCGGAUCAGGCUGCCUCCAGGAAUCAUGAUAAAACUCAGGGAAAUUUCUGGGCGUGCAAGACCUCAGUUUAGACCAAGUAUAAAGGAAGUGGUUCAACCUGAUGUCAUGGAAGAAAUGGUCGUAUCAUGUGUGAUUAAACAUUUGAACUUGGUUGAUGCUCUGCAGUCUUUAAUCAAUUUUCAAUACCAAGAAGAACAUGCUGAAGAAUAUGAUUUAUUAUGUAAAAUUAUGGGGGAAACCUUUAAGAAACUCAAUGCCAUGGAAAGGCAGCUUCAGAGUGUUGGAGAAUUGGAACAGAAAUGGCAAAGUGAGGUUGAUGAUGCCAUACAAGGAAAACUGGAAAACAAUACACCAUUCUUUUAUGAUUAUCACUUUAAUGAGAAUAAAAUGAAGGAACUGGAACUCUUGUGUUCGAUGAAGGAGGUCUCCUUUGAUGGAAGUGACCUUGAGAACAUGGUCUUGUCAUUGAGGGAGAAGUUUCUUCAGGAAGUGAAUUCUCUUAUUCAAAAGCCCCUGCACCCCCUGGCUAAAACAAAAACGUUAGUCAAGAGUUUAAUGAACAGAGCUGAACUGCUACUGCAUGUCACCAUUGCUGCCCAGUCUGGCAUCCCAAGAAGUGUGUCAGGGACACCCGCUGAGACUCCAGCUUGUAAAUCAGCUUCUGAGACCAAAGUGAUAGCUCAUGCCGUCCGGCAGCCUGUGUUUCUUCGCAGCAUGUCUGCUCCUUCCGACCUGGAAAUGAUUGGGAAUGAAGACCUGGAAUUCACCCGAGCAAGCCAGAGGCGUCGACAUGUCCCCAGCCACCGGAGCAGCUCUUUCACACUCCUUCAGUCACUGGCAAUUGAAGACAGCAGGGACAAACCUACAUACAGUGUCUUAUUAGGACAGCUGUUUGCCUUCAUUGGGACUAACCCAGACCAAGCAGUAUCCAGUAGCAGCUUCCUCCUAGCUGCCCAGACUAGAUGGCGGCGUGGGAACACUCGAAAGCAGGCGCUUGUGCACAUGCGGGAGCUGCUGACUGCUGCAGUUAGAGUUGGGGGGGUGACACAUCUUGUAGGUCCAGUCACAAUGGUGCUUCAAGGUGGACCCAGAAUUGAAGAGCUAACCUGUGGUGGAAUGGUUGAGCAGGUCCAGGAAGCCUUUGGAGAGACUAUGACCUCUGUGGUGUCUUUGUGUGCUCGUUACCCUAUUGCUUGUGCGAAUAGCAUCGGCCUGUUAUGUACUAUACCUUAUACCAGGAGUGAAGAAAAGUGCCUGGUCCGUAGUGGCCUUGUUCAGCUCAUGGACAGACUCUGUAGUUUGAGCAGUCAGGCUGAAGCCGGCUCCAGUGAGAAACAGACCAAGAAGCAAAAAGUUGCUGCAAUGGCCUGGGCAGCCUUCCAAGUGCUCGCCAAUCGUUGUGUAGAAUGGGAAAAAGAAGAAGGUGGCUCAACUGAGGCCGUGCACUCGGGCCUGGCACGUCAGGUAUCCAGCCUGCUUACCAACCACCUCGCCCGAGCCACGGAAUGCUGUGGUAACCAGGCUGCUGGCAAUGAUGCCCUACAGGAUGUUCUCAGCCUUCUGAAUGAUCUCUCCAGGAGUCACAUUGGGAAAGCAAUCUUGAGCCAGCCAGCAUGUGUGUCCAAGCUUCUUUCUCUGCUGCUUGACCAGCGCCCUUCUCCAAAGCUGGUCCUCAUCAUUCUUCAGUUAUGUCGGGCAGCACUGCCUCUGAUGAGUGUGGAAGACUGUGGGAAUGUGGAGUUGCCCCCCUGGAGCUAUUCAGUCCCCUCUCUGAACAGUGAGCAGGAUGAUCCCAGUGAUCCAGCUUCCAAGAUUGCAUCCCUGCUCUUGGCCAAAUUGGCAGAUUAUGUGGUCCCAGGCUGCCAGACUGUUCUUUCUCCUACUGCCUCUGAACCUGAUACAACUUUGGCAAAAGCUAGUCCGAAGAAUUCCAUAAAAGGAGACAAAGACCCGGGGGAAGAAAGCGAGGCAGUAGAUGGCAAACUUUCUAUUUUUAUUCACAAGAGGGAAGAUCAAUCAUCCCAUGAAGUCCUGCAGCCAUUGCUAAGCAGUUCUGAAGGGCGGCCAUUCAGACUUGGGACAGGUGCCAACAUGGAGAAAGUCGUGAAAAUGGACCGAGACAUGACAAAGAGUGGCUGCUGUGAAGUGAUCACAGAAGAGGCUGCAGCUGCCCUUCGGAAGGCCACUAAAUGGGCCCAGUCAGGCCUCAUUGUCAGUGUUGGGCCACCUGUGGAAACUGUCAACCCAGAGACCAUGAGUGGGCUGUCCACAGGUGACAAAAAGAAAACUGCUCAGACCUCCAUUUGUCGAGAGAGGAAUUCUGAACUUGCAAGAACCGACCCUGUGCGCCCUUUCAUCAGUGGCCAUGUCGCCAACAGCAUGGCAGCAGAAGUGAUUGCUCUGCUUCAUAGCUUAUUGAUGGCACCUGAAUCGAAUGCUGCUCAGAUAUGGACAACAACUGCUGAAAAAGUUCUGUCUCAAGCUCUGAUGUACAUCCCCCAGCUGGGAAAAUAUGCCGAAAGCAUUCUAGAGAAUGGGAGCAGCAGUGGCCGGAAACUUGCUAAGCUUCAGAGGAUUGCCCGACAAGCAGUCGCUGCACUAUGUGCACUUGGGGGCUUUAAGGAGACCAUCAAGAUAGGGUCUGAAGUACAGGUGUUGGGGAGAGGAAUAUCCGGGAGCAUUGGAAUAGUGGCAUCAAUCAAUGAGCAGGAAGGUAUAGCCACUGUCAAAUUUCCACCCAUAGACUGUAGAAAGACCUCGCAAGCAUCAGACACAUUGACUAUCCCAUUAUCUAGACUUUGUGUUCCAAGAUCUGAGGCAUUGCCUCUUCAUAAACUGUCCAUUACUGAGAAGGUAGUACAGGCAGUCCAGUCCAUGUUGCUUCCUCAGGAGGGAAGUCUAUCUAUUCAUACCUCACUUCCUGCAACAGGAGAUGGCUCAACUCCAGUAAUGGCAGUGGUUCGGCUCCUUGCUGAGAUCAGAACGAGAGCAUGUCUGGUCAUGGCCCAGCUUUUAGAAGACAGUUUAUUUUGUGAAGAAUUCCUACAGCAGUGUCCAGCAGCUGUGGAAGUCCUCAACCUCGUAGCACAGGAGUGCAGUCCUGGAGAGCGUCUUCUGGUUGUAGAAGUACAAUGCGAGAGGUUAAGGAUGCUCUACCGAGACUGUGCUCGCCCCCCACCACCCCCUCUCCAGGCAGAUCGGAGACAGCCCAAAGAGAUCACCUGGAGUCCUUCUCGGGUGUUUCCACCUGUUCGAGCCUGCAUGUUCUCAUCUCACCUGACCUCUGUGACCUUCCUUGCUGAUCCUAGUGCUGGUGGAGGGCUCCCACGGGGCACAUUUAUCUAUGCAACCUCUCCACUUCCCAUCCAGGCUCCGUCCUUCUACUGGGAAAUUGAAAUUGUUUCCUAUGGAGAUACAGAUGAUGACACGGGACCAAUAGUUUCCUUUGGCUUUGCUACUGAAGCAGAAAAACGAGAUGGCGCCUGGACCAAUCCUGUGGGUACUUGCCUUUUUCACAAUAAUGGCCGAGCUGUGCACUAUAACGGCUCCAGCUUAUUACAGUGGAAGAGCGUGCGACUGGAUGUGACCCUUUCCCCUGGAGAUGGGGCAGGAAUUGGCUGGGAAAGAACAGAGGGCACCCCACCUCCUCCAGGACAGCCCCCCAAGGGCCGGGUCUAUUUCACAUACUGUGGGCAGCGCCUGCCUCCAUGUCUGGAAGAUGUCUCAGGUGGCAUGUGGCCAGUAGUUCACAUUCAGAAAAAGAACACCAAGAUCCGGGCUAACUUUGGCUCUCGCCAGUUUGCCUAUGCUGAAGGACAGGCCCACCGGAAUGCUGCUGACCUAUGCAUUGACCUGGCUGAGGAGAUCAGCGCCAACUUUGAAGCUCUUCCUUUUGCCAUGGCAUCUGACAGUGACAAUGAUGCUGGCACCAGCAUAGCUUCUGAUCCAGGAACACACGGGCCCCCCUGUCGCAUUGCUGCUGUGGCCACAGCUCAGCAACAAUAUGACAGUGAUACUUCUUGUCACUAUAAAGUGGAACUCAGCUAUGAAAAUUUCAUCACCUCAGGCCCAGACCCUCACCCACCCCCCAUUGCAGAUGAUGAGAGUGAUGAUGAUGAUGAUGAUGACAUCCCUCAGGAGGAUCACUAUGCCCUACUUGUAAAAGCCUGGGAAACCAAAGUUUUUCCAACCAUUAGAAGACGCUUCCGUAAUGAAGCUGAGCGAAAGUCAGGCCUGGACCAGAUUAAGGGGGCUCUGCAACUAGGAAUGGUAGAUAUUGCUCGGCAGACUGUAGAAUUUCUCUAUGAAGAGAACGGUGGCAUCCCCAGAGAUCUUUAUCUUCCCACAAUUGAAGACAUCAAAGAUGAAGCAAAUAAAUUCACAAUUGAUAAAGUUCGCAAAGGUCUCACCGUGGUCACACGUUCUCCAGACAGUAACAACGUGGCUAGCAGUGCUGUAGGGACCGCACUCCCCAAAUUUGCCAUCCGAGGAAUGCUAAAAACUUUUGGCCUCCAUGGAGUUGUUCUGGAUGUGGACUCGGUAAAUGAACUGGUACAGGUGGAAACUUACCUCCGCAGUGAAGGAGUACUGGUGCGGUACUGGUAUCCUAUAGAUAUGUUAGAAAGGCCACCUGCAGGCUAUCGAAGGACUGCCACUAAUGGGCUAGUUACCCUGGACAACACCAACAUUCAGAUUCACAGGGAGCUUCUGAGAUGCGAGGCCUCCCUGGCAAGGCUCUACUGCCGCAUGGCCCUCCUCAAUAUCUUUGCCCCGAAACUGCCUCACUUGUUUACCCGUCUGUUUCACAUCCCUGCCGUUCGGGACAUCACCCUGGAACAUCUACAGCUCCUGUCCAGUCAGCUCCUGGCUCCACCCCUUCCUGAUGGUACCAUCAGCUCCAGUGCUGUCCUUUGGGCUCAGUCUCUGCAGCACUGUAUCCAUGCCCAAAACUGUUCUGCUGCAGAUCUCUUCUACCAAGGCAGCUCGCAGACAGUCAGAGAGUGGCUUAAUGUUGCCAUCACACGGACCCUCCAUCAAGGAGAAGAGAGCCUUUUAGAACUAACAAGACAGAUCUGCUCUUUCCUGCAGACAGCUCCGGAACAGUUUCCCUCAGAAGAAUUCCCAGUGUCUGAGUCUAAAGUCAACAUGGAUGUUAAUUUCCCUGGGGCAGCCUUUGUCGUAGUAUCUUGUAAAGAAAGUCAGUCUGGAUUCCGCAAAGACUCUUCACUGUAUAAGGCUCCAUGGGCUCGAGUACUAUUGUAUGGGCUGGGCCACAAAGUGAAGCGUAAUGGCCAGCUCAAUCUCAUCGAAGCCGUUUGCUAUCCACGGGAUGCUUCUCCAACUAACACAGGGCUUACCCCACCUCCAACCACCAACCAAUAUCCUUCAGUGAUCAUAUCGACUGACAAAGUCCACAUCAAACUGGGGGUCUCUCCACCUCCGGGAGCUGUGCUGGUGCUACAUUCUCUGCCCCUGGAAUUCCCAUUGGCCAUGGCUUUUGCCGAGCAGUUGUUGUCUUGGAAAUCUGAGGAUGGUGAAGGGAAAUCUGAAGACGAGCCUGAUGCCAUCAUCCCAGCUUCAGUCCUGCUACAAGUGGUUGAGCUUCUAGGAAACUUCCUCUGGACUACUGAUAUGGCAGCAUGUGUAAAGGAGCUGAUCUUCCAUCUCCUGGCAGAGCUCCUGCGAAAAGUACACAGCCUAGAGCAAAAGAAGAAACCGUCUGGCCUGUCUUCCUCCAUUGCCCUCCAGCUCAACCCUUGCCUGGCCAUGCUCAUGGCCCUGCAGUCCGAGCUGCACAAGCUCUAUGAUGAAGAGACCCAGAACUGGGUCACCAGCAGUGCCUGUGGAGGCUCAGGAACUGCAGGGGCUGACCAGGGCAGGUUCUCCACCUACUUCCAUGCACUGAUGGAGGCCUGCCUGGCUGUAGCCGAGGUGACUCUGCCCAUUAACAUGAGUGUGACCUCCACCGUGAUGGCCUCCACAAACACACCGAAUCUUAGCGACUCAUCCUCCUCAUCCUCAUCUUCCCCGGGACAGACCCCGCAGAGUCCCAGCCUCCUAUCCAAGAGGAAGAAGGUGAAAAUGAAACGGGAGAAGGCCUCCUCAUCAGGUAAACGAUCUUCCUCCCGAACAGUGGAAGCAGAUGCCUCCGUGCUGAGUAUUGGUGGCAGCAAACCCGAGGACAUGCUCUGGUUUCACAGAGCCCUGACCUUGCUCACCAUUCUUCGGCACCUUAUCAAGAAAGAUCCCCAAGGGCUGGGGGUGACUAAUGAUGCCAUUGCAGACGCUUGCCAGGCCCUCGUGGGCCCCACCGCCCACAGCCGCCUACUGGUCAUCUCGGGCAUCCCCACACACUUGGAUGAGGGCAUCGUGAGAAGUGCUAUCCGGAAGGCUUGCAAUGCCCAUGGGGGUGUUUUUAAAGACGAGAUCUACAUUCCUCUGCAGGAAGAAGACCCCAAAAAAACCAAGGACAAAGCCGAAGGAGGGGAUAGUAAAUCAGAGCCAGAAAAGCCUGUAGGUUUCCCCAGUGCUGACAGUCUGGACGUCAGCAGCUCCAGCAGCGUCACCCCUGCCAUGAGCGUCAGUGCCUCUGCCUCCACCAGCCAGGCGUCCAUCUGCAGCUCCCAAGGGCUCUCCCAGACCAUUAGUGAAGUCUCUAUGGAGCAGUUCCCUCCUGGUCUGGAGCUGGCCAUUCCUCCUAGUUUGUUGGAGCCCCAUGUUGUCUCCAGCCAGGAGAGUCUGGACAUUUCCCUCUGUAGCACUGGAAGCUUGGGCAGUCUGGGGAGCCUGGGGGAACCCAUUGAUAAUGCAGAAACAGCCUCCGUCUCUGAUGUGGGAUCUAUGUAUACAGUCACAUCCUUGGACAACCAGCCCCUAAUGUCUCGUCCCAUCAAAGGCUUCGCCGUGGUAGAGAUACGCUCCCGAGCCAAAAUUGAGAAGAUCCGAGCAAGUCUCUUCAACAAUAAUGAUCUGAUUGGUUUGUCAAGCCUGGAUGGUGAAGAUGAAUUAAUGGAAAUGUCAACUGAGGAGAUUUUAACUGUAUCAACAGUAAACCAAAGCUUAUUUGAUACCCAGGGAAGCCCAGGGCUAGAAGACUAUUUCAAUGAUAAAUCGAUUAAAGGAGAGAAGCUGGUCCCUGGGGCUCGAGAGGUCCUCACAGAUAUAUUUAAAAGUUGUGUCCAUUCAGAGCAGAUGCUAAGCCUAACGCCAGCCAAGCCCAUUAAAGUCUCUGACAUCUAUCUUAGUAAGGAGCAAAUCAACUCCCAGACACCAGGAAACCUGCUCCAUGUGUUCUUCACCAAUGUGCGCCCCCCCAAAAAAGUGCUAGAGGACCAGCUCACCCAGAUUCUAAGGAAAUAUGGUGUGCCCAAGCCCAAGUUUGACAAGAGCAAAUAUAACAAAGCGGGCAAAGAACAGCACCCCGUGAAGGUGGUGAGCACCAAGCGGCCAAUGACGAAGCCUCCCACCAAGGAGAAGUCUGUGCUUAACAGUGUCAGCAGGACAGCCUUAAGUGAGAAGAAGCCAAUUGUGAAACCCAAAUCACCAGAGAAGAGUAAACCUGAUGAAAAGGACCCUGAAAAGUCACCCACCAAAAAACAAGAAGUCCCUGAGGAAAAAUAUCUGACCCUGGAAGGAUUUCACAAAUUUGUGGUUGAUCGAGCCAAACAAGACAUCCGCAGCGUCUGGAGGGCUAUUUUAUCCUGUGGCUAUGACCUUCAUUUUGAAAGGUGUGCCUGCAUCGAUGCCCGACACGCACAGAAGACAUCCAGAAAAUGGACGCUGGAGAUGGACGUGGCCCUCGUCCAGUACAUCAACCGCCUGUGCCGCCAUCUCGCCAUCACGCCCGCCCGCCUCCACCCCCACGAAGUGUACUUGGACCCCGCGGACGCCACUGACCCCAGAGUCGCCUGUCUGUUGAAUGUUCCCAUCGAAAGCUUACGCCUGCGCUUCGCUCUGCUCCAGUCCUUGAACACCACCCUGGAGACCUUCUUCCUGCCCCUGGUGGAGCUUCGGCAGACCGCGGUGUACGCCAACAGCAUCGCCGCCUUACUGCAGGAGGCCAAAGGGCUCAUCUUCUACGACACAAAAGUGACCGUGAUGAACCGAGUGCUGAACGCUACGGUGCAGAGAACGGCCGACCACGCUGCCCCGGAGAUCACUCUGGACCCGCUCGAAAUCGUUGGAGGCGAGAUUCGCUCUGCCGAAAACUCCUACUUCUGCCAGGCCGCCCGGCAGCUGUCCUCCAUCCCCUCCUCCCAGCUCUGCGUCAAACUGGCCAGCGGAGGUGACCCCACCUACGCCUUCAACAUCCGCUUCACAGGAGAGGAGGUCCAUGGAACCAGUGGUUCCUUCCGCCACUUUUUGUGGCAGGUGUGUAAAGAACUGCAGAGCUCUUCCUUGUCCCUCCUCCUGCUGUGUCCCAGUUCUGCUGUCAACAAAAAUAAGGGCAAGUACAUCCUGACUCCUAGUCCCAUCACCUAUGGAGAAGAGCAGCUGCUUCAUUUCUUUGGACAGCUGUUGGGCAUCGCCAUCCGUGCGGAUGUUCCUCUGCCCCUGGACCUCUUACCCUCCUUCUGGAAGACCCUGGUGGGGGAGCCCCUGGACCCCGACGUGGAUCUCCAGGAAGCAGACAUACUCACCUACAAUUAUGUCCAAAAGUUUGAAAAUAUCCAGGACGAGGCAGAGCUGGAGGCCCUCUGCGCCGAGAUCGCGUCGCAGCACCUGGCCACCGAGAGCCCCGACUCCCCCAGCAGGCCGUGCUGCAAGUUCACCUACCCCGCCAUGACGGGCGACGAGGUGGAGCUGUGCUCCCGGGGCUGCCACAUGCCCGUCGGGUGGGAGAACAAAGACGUCUACGCCACGGCCAUCCGGAACCUGCGGCUGCGCGAGCUGCAGAACCACGACUGCGUGAUGGCCGUCCGGGCGGGCCUGGGCUCCAUCAUCCCCCUGCAGCUGCUCACCACCCUCACGCCUCUGGAGAUGGAGCUGCGCACCUGCGGCCUCCCUUACAUCAACCUGGAGUUCCUCAAGGCACACACCAUGUACCAAGUGGGCCUGAUGGAGACAGACCAGCACAUCGAGUUCUUCUGGGGUGCUCUGGAGAUGUUCGCCCAGGAGGAGCUCUGCAAAUUUAUCAAGUUUGCCUGCAACCAGGAACGGAUCCCCUUCACCUGUCCCUGCAAAGACGGGGGCCCCGACACUGCCCACGUGCCCCCGUACCCCAUGAAGAUCGCACCCCCAGAUGGCACUGCAGGCUCGCCCGACUCCCGCUACAUCCGGGUGGAAACCUGCAUGUUCAUGAUCAAACUUCCCCAGUACUCGUCGCUGGAGAUCAUGCUGGAGAAGCUGCGCUGCGCCAUUCACUACCGCGAGGACCCCCUGAGUGGCUGAGCAGACCCGGAGGAGCCGCCGCUGCCCCGCCGGGGAGGAGCCGGACGCGCUUCCUUGGCGUUCCUGCCCUUCUGGAGGACGGCCUUUGC